AACACACCCUAAUACAUAAACCAUAAUUAUGGCUAUGUAUUUAUAAAGGUAACCAAAGUUGGUCAACAAGGUAUUACCAAAUAUAAUUAACCCUUAAUUGCAAUCCCAUAAAACCAUUAACAACAUUUAAUGAAUUCCACGGGCCUAAGACCAUGUGUAGUGGAAGGAGAAUACAAUGCCCCCACCCUAGGGCAUUUUACGCCAUGUGGCGGUCCAGUCAGCAAAGGGACAUUAUUGGGCGUUUUCUAAAAUGGGGUGUAAUGGGGAUGGGGCAUUAUUGGGGCAUUAAAUAAAAUAAAGAAAAAACCCCUAAAAAAUCUCAUUGGUCAGUCAACCCUCCCACAAUCCCCUUUAGGCGUUUUAUAUAUCACGCCAAAGCAAUUUUUUUUGAGCAUAAUGCCCCAUAAUGCCCUAUGUAAUGGGAGUGGGGGGCGUUUUUUUUUAACAUUAUGCCCACAUAAUGCCCCACUACGGAUGGUCUAACCGAGAUGGCCUAUUUCCCCUACACAUGAAGGGACUCAAUUGGGCGGACAAUUACCAACAUGCCGUCCAUUUUACACCACCAAUAUGCCUUUGGUUAACAAUUCUUGAUUUGAGAUAUAAUGAUUUUUUUAUCUUGCUCUGUCGGGUGGUCCAUUUCAUUGCCUGUUCCUACUUACUCUGUGCAAAGUUGGAGAUCAUUGAUAUGUUUUCGACGAGUCGGCUCAAUUUAUAAAUGAGUCAAGUUCAAGCUCAUAUUUCACACCAGAGGAGAGAUUUCGAGCCUAACUGAGUUAGCACUGAUAGUUUUGAGCUUGAACUCGAGUUGAAUCAUGUGCGGAUUGUCGUGAGUAGUCCCACUGAGAGAUUUAAAAUUAAAAAGAGAAUUAGCGUAGAAAGGGUAAGAGCUAUUAUAGACCAUGACACCUUAAUCGGUCACAAAUGUAUAAUUAAUAAAAAAGUAAAAUUUGGCUAGAAGGAGAAAUGGAUAUUGAGUUGCUAAUGAUUGACAUUUUCAUUUGAAUCAAGGUCUCCAAUACUUUGAGCACAUUUGUUGGCCGAAGAGUGGACCUCGCUUUAAGCGGGUCUAUGAGAAAACUCAUAUUAGCCUCUUUUUGCGGAGAUUCAUGUCUGCUUUAGCACAUAAUAGAGGCCCUCCCCGACCAAAUCAUGUUUGUAUUUAAAACACGACAACUCCUUACAAUGAACCACUUGCUCCCCAUAAUUAUUCGGACAAACUUUAUGACAGACUAAGCAAGGCUCAUCAACUAGAAACAAGGGGAUCAUUAAACAGUAUUUAAGGAUGGCACGAUAAUCCACCGCUGACAUGUGUUGGCCUAGCCCUUUAAUGAGGAUAAUGGUUUGGAAAUCUUGAGUGUGAGGGCCUUAAAAGCACUAUAACACUGCUUUCUGACAAGGGGACAGGUUAAACUUCUCUCCCAAACUCUAGAUAGUUUUACUAUAGAUGGCACUCACCAAAAUAUUUUGGGUCUUAGGGGUGUCCUUAUUAAUGAAUCCGCCAAAAUCAAGAUCUGGAAGGGACUUGUGCAAGGUACCCAACACAAACCAACAAUCGAAAUCUAAUCCAUCAAUACCAAAGUCCCACAAAAUGCGAUCCUGUAAACUCCAAGAUUGUGACCUUGAGGCCACGAAAGCGUAAGAAAAUACAUCGUCAGCAGAAUACAAGCCUAAACCCCUGAAAGGGAUCAGCAAGUAUGCCAGCCUCCAUUGAAAAUCCCCAAAAGACAUGCCCCCACAAACCAUAAUGUCCUCGAUCACAUAUUUGAGGCCUUUUUCAAAAAAAAAAAAAAAAAAAAAAAAAAAAAAAAAAACAGAAACAACUUCCUCAAUAAACAUAGGCUGACAAGUUCAAUUCAUAGGCCAAAUAACAACUUGGCAACCGUCAUACAAGAGUGAAGAAGAAGGAGCUUGCAUUGAGGGACCCACAAGCGAGGAAGGCACCUCAUAAGGUCCAUAACACAUGAUGCUCUCUUCACAACCAAAUGCUUGAUAUAGUCGACAUCACGACUAACAGCACCCCCAAGGACUUUCACACCCAAUUUUGGUACACCAAUCCCACAGGGAAACAAACCUCCCUUCAUUUCUGCUUCACUAGGCACUGGCCAAAAGACUUCAUUUCUCUUGCUGUAAAGCUCAAGGGCCAAACAUGGACCCUCGGACCUAAUUGUAUUUGAAGCCUUAUCCACUUCAGCAGUGUCUCGUAUAAUCGUACCACACAUGGAAAAGUAACUUGCACCUAUCCCACACCUGAUAAAUGGGGGGGGGGGGUGAAAAACUAUGGGAAAAAGGAGUGACCCCAAAGGGUCUCUUUAUUGAACCCUAGUCAUGGACCAGAUAUAAUCAUCCCUGGCAUAUAACCUAGUAAGUUACCCAUACAAAAAAUUGACCCACAAGGAGAUGGACGGGCAUCGGGAAUGAACAUCCUAUACGAGUGUCUUCCUAUCCACAAGGUUGAAGACCUUAGAGAAAUCGAUUGUAAGCAUGGCCAACGACCCAUGCGAGUGGAACUUUUUUAAAAGAGUUAAUUACUGUUUUCCCCUCCUUCUUCAUCGAAACCUUAGAGACCAAUCUCAUCCAAAUCACACCUAUAGUAAUAGGCCUAAUCCCAUUGUACGACUGAAGCAGCGACGUUUGGGGGCAGAUGCAACAAACUACGCUAAGCCCUAGGACACCCCCAACCACAAAUUGACCACCUUAGUGAUAACCCUAAGUAGGCCAGUGGCGAUCGUAGACCCCUCUCCACAAAGGGCGUCCAAAAUGUUAAACCCCUCAACCCAUCUAUCCCACAAGAAUUCCAUUUGGGGAAGAAUUAAAUGCGCCCCAGGAUACACUUUACUUCAAUAGAUAAAGAGGAUCCACAAGUAACGAGACAAGCAAAAUGGGGGGGGGGGGCAGGACUAGGUGCUUAUGCACUAACGCCUUGAAAGUAGCAUCCCCAAGUAGGGUAACCCUAGAAGAGCAUAAGACUUUAACGACAACAGUAAAUUGACCAUCGGUGACUUUCCACUGACAUUGCUUAACGUUGACACCCCCUUUAGAAUUACCAUCCUCAGGGAAGCCCUUCCCAUGUCUACCCCCCUCCUCCAUGGUUCAGUUGAAAAGAGAGAGGGUGAUUUUCAGUAAACUCGACCAUGUCUCCCCAAACUGCUAGGACAUGCUGAAUACUAUGACAUUACAGGGACUUCCUAUUCCCUGACCUACACUCUUGUCUGUUUGAAGUCCUGAAACCCGCAACGUGCAGCGAGGUAACACCAAGAGUCUAACCCACGCCUUAACCAACUACGAUAUAGCUAUCACCUUGCACAAAGUUAAGGCCUAGGCAAAAGCCAUGCGACAACUAUGAGGGAUUCUCUUAACAAUCAUGAUAGGAAGAUAGAAAACCUGAUCAAGGAAGACCUCGUCUAACACCACCACCACUUCCAUCCCAAAGAAACAGCAACCCCACUUACCGCUCGAGGCUUAAGGAUCCCCACAAUGAACACUUCUACCACUUUCGUGCCUAACUUGAAACUAGCCAACCCAUCUGUAUGAUGGCAAGCCCGACUGAGGCUAGUGGUGGCGGAAGCUCGGAGGGCCAUCCCCACCGCAGAUGAGUGGAAAUGGUGGGAGAUAGAUAUGAUUUGGAAGUGAGGAGAGUAUAGAAAGAAAGAGUCAAAGAGAUUUAAAAACAGUGAAAGGAUUGGUGGUUCAGGAAGUGAAGUCACAAAUGCACCAUUUAAAAAAUAAAAAAAAUAAAAAAAAAACAUCACUAGUGAUGGGCACCCCUACUAAAAUCCAUCACUAGUGAUGGAAUCAAGCUUAAAUGAUGUGACGGAACAUGAUUGGGUGUUGUGAGUUAUGGAAAACCAUCACUAGUGAAGCGCCCCUACCCCCUUAUACAACGGUGUAUUGGAAAUGGAUACAUUGUUAUCUAACCUUCCAAAGCUUGAAGCAGUUGAUAUCUCUUAUAGCGGCUUAUCUAUUGUGACAAAAAAUGAUGCUCAUUAUGUGAACCCAGAUCUUUAUGAGUUAAGCUUGGCUGCUUGCAAUCUGACCAUGAUUCCAGAUUUCUUACGAGACAUGAAAAAUCUUCGAGUUUUAGAUCUAUCUGGGAACUAUAUAUCGGGUCACAUUCCUACUUGGGCUGGGGAGAUUGGAGGAAAUAACUUGAUUUAUUUGGACCUCUCAGAUAACUUCAUAACAGGCCUCUCAGAAUUCAGGUCAGAUGGAUUGCAAUAUUUGUAUCUGCAUCUCAACCUAAUUAACGGACCACUUCCCCCUUGGAUAUGCAACAAGAAGCACCUUAAGUAUUUGGAUAUAUCACAGAAUGGCAUUACCGAAAUGGAUGCACAAUGCUUGCAAAAUAUAAGCUCCUCUUUAGUGUCUCUGAAUGUCUAUGGAAACAUGAUUCAAGGACCAUUUCCUACGACAAUUUGCAGCAUGGGCAAUUUAAUGUAUUUAGAUAUGUCCUAUAAUAGUUUUUUUGGAGUGAUUCCAGAGUGCCUGAAAAAUAUCAGCUCGUCUCUAGUGUCUCUCAUGGUCCACUCCAACAUGAUUCAAGGACCAUUUCCUACGACAAUUUGUAACAUGCGCAGUUUAUUGUAUUUGGAUAUGUCUAAUAAUAGCUUUCAUGGAGAGAUUCCACAGUGCUUUGGAAAUGUCAUCUCCUCACUUGCACUGAUAGAUCUAGGGGCAAACGAAUUCCAUGGCACCAUUCCGAAACUUAAUGGGUCUUGUGAAUUUUUAGAUGUGCUUAAAUUAAACAAAAAUAAAUUAGAAGGAGAGGUGCCAAGUUUCUUGUGCAACUGUCGAUCCUUGAAAAUACUUCACCUAGAACACAACCAGUUAAAUGGCAAAUUCCCUCAUUGGUUAGGAGAUCUUCAACAGUUGCAGGUUCUUAUCCUCAGAUCAAACAAGUUACAUGGUACCAUUGAAGCCUCUUCUACAUCUGAUUUCGUAUUUCCUAGUUUGCGUAUUUUCGACAUAUCUAAUAAUAGAUUUGUAGGUCGUAUUCCUGGAAAAUAUUUUGAAAAUUUUAAUGCCAUCAAGGACAUGGAGAAGGACCCAAAAACGAAAUUUGUGAAUAUUAGUGGCUUACAUUAUUACUCUAUUAUUCCUUUGAAAGGUUCACAAUUCUCAUAUACAAGCUUUUACAUGACAUUAUUACUUCUUAGUAUUGAUCUAUCCAGUAACAGAUUUGAAGGAGAGAUUCCCAACAUCAUUUGUAACCUUAAAUCGUUGAUGGUGCUCAACUUAUCCAAUAAUAACCUCAGUGGUCAAAUACCAUAUGCUCUAGGAAAUCUGGUCGCUAUGGAAGCAUUAGACCUAUCCAGGAACCAACUCGAAGGAGAAAUCCCUCAAAGCGUUAAGAACUUGAACUUUCUAUCAUCCUUCAACCUCUCACAAAACCAUCUUGUGGGGCGUAUUCCAGUAGGAACCCAACUUCAGUCAUUUGCAGAAGACGCGUUUUAUGGCAAUCCAGGACUCUGUGGGGCUCCAUUAACCAUACAAUGUAUUGAAGCCAAGAAAGAAGAGUGGAUUUACAUGGAACCCGUGAUGCUGGGACUAGGAUGUGGAACUCUACUUGGAGUGGUGUGGGGAUAUCGCAUGUUGUCAACCGGAAGACCAAAAUGGUUUAGUGCAAUUGCUGAUGUGGGAGGGCAUACAAGACGAAAGAAGAGAAAACAAGUACAUAUCAGGAAAAGAAAUUAGAUUUUGUUUUUGAAUGGUACUUGUUUCAUAUGUUUUUCUGUUAAUGGUACUUGUUUCAUAUGUUUUUCUGUUUCAUUUAAAAUUCUGGAUAAAAAGCAGAUUGUUAUGAAUGCAGACAUUUAGGCCCAUAAGCCAAGCCCAAUUUAAUGUUAAUGGGCUUUAGGGUUGCUAUUGUAUUGAUCUAUAUAUACAUGUGUAUAUGUACAUGAUAUGAUGAUGAAUGAAAUGGUGCUCUUUAUCUCUU